CUGUAGUUCACGUUUGUUAAAUACUAGUCUAACUCAAUUUUGUUGUUCGUGUCGGUUCUUACUGUUUGUGUUGUUUAAUGAAAUAGAAAAAUUAUUGAAAUUCAAUAAUUUAUUCUAGGAUUGAUCCCAGUUUCUUGAUUCCCUGCGAUAAAAUCCAUUCGGACAAAAUGCCAAUGUUUGAUGGAUACCUGCUGACAGAAAAGCAAGCCAUUGUACUAGACUUGGGAGCAAGAUACACCAAAUUUGGUUUUGCUGGGGAGGCUUGCCCAAGAUGUAUUGUGCGGUCUGAAGUUAAAAGUUCGAAAACAGGAACUCUCAGACAAGUUAUGAGCUUCACAGACAAAGAAGAUCUUUAUGCACUGCUUGUGGACUUUUUGCACAUUCUUUUCUUCAAGCAUGUACAGCUGAGUCCAAAGGAGCGACGUGUGGUUGUGGUCGAGUCAGUCUUGUGUCCGACUGUCGUAAGAGAUACUCUGGCAAAAGUCUUGUUCCAACAUUUUGAGGUGUGUUCGAUGUUGCUGGUGCCCUCGCACUUGGUUGUGUUGGCUACACUGGCCAUAGACACAGGUCUGGUGGUAGAUGUAGGACACAGUGAGGCGCAGGUGGUACCCGUGUAUGAAGGCGUCCCUGUUCUGCGAACGUGGCAGGCGCAACCUCUGGCAGGUGCCGCCAUAGAGCAGAGACUUAAGAAGACCUUGGUAGAAUGGUAUGAGAAGCAGGAUAGUGGUGAAUCCAUCAGGAAGUCCCAGCAGGCCAACAAUCUACCUGACUCAGUAAUUGAAGAUAUAAAAGUGCGAACGUCGUUUGUCACCAAACAAGAGAGAGGGGUGCUAUACUGGGAGGAGAAACAGCCAGAACCUUCUGUCCCUGAUGUCCUGUACCCAAUAGACGGAGAUCAUAACAUCACAGUACCAGGGCCAGUGAGAGAAGCUUGUCAUGAGGUUUUGUUUGAACGAGACAACGAUCAGCUGUCUCUACCCAACAUGAUCCUGGACGCCAUCGUCAAGAGUUCCAUAGACAUGAGGCGACCACUGGCAGAGAACGUAGUGUUAGUGGGAGGCUCUGUGAUAGCUGCUGGGUUCAAGGCUAGACUUCAGGCAGAGCUGAAGCUGUUGCUACAAUCCCCUGAGUACAAGGACAAACUGAAAAUCACCACCUUCAAGUUCCACAAUCCUCCGGGCGUGGAAAACUACAUCGCAUGGCUUGGAGGAGCGUUGUACGGAGCUACAGAUAUGAUCACCAUGAGGUCCCUGACAAGGGAGGGUUACUCAAGUCUGAGCUCGUCUAGUGUGCCUGACUGGUGCAGUCUGCUACACAACCGUCUCAGCCACCAGAACGGACCGUCGUUGGUCAUCUGAAAAAAACUGCGCCUCGACCUGAAGAAGGUGUUCGCCCCCCUACCUUCCACCUCACCAUUGCCUCAUAGAUAGCACUGUAGCAACUAAUGUGUUUUAUAAACUAUGUUAUUCAGCAUUGAUGGUUGCGGCUUCCGAUUGGACAAUAUGUCCUGCCUACGUCAAUUCGUCUUGUUUCUGGGGGUUUGAGUUGUAAAUCGUAUCUUUGGUAAAAGUAUACACUCUAUUUUCAUGCAGGUGUAGCUAGUUUUAAAAUAAAAAUGAAUAUAGUUGAAUCAAGACAUUCACAGUGCGCUGAAGUUAAUUACUGAUUCAUACUGAAAGUUUAUGAACAACAACAAGUAAACAAGUAACAACAUAACAACAAGUAACAAGUAAACUUGUUAACCCAGUUAAAUUUAAAGAAAUAAAUAAUAAAAAUGUGAUAUCAGCGCAUUAAGUCAUUCAACUGUGUUCUUCUUGAAAAAAAUAAAGCUACAGGUUCAUUUAGAUGAUGACUACUUCAGCAUCCAAAAGGCAAUGGUCCUGUGUAGAGUAGAGACUGAAGACGAUAAGUCUAUGUAAAAAAAUCUCUUUGUCACCCAUGCUGAAAAACAUAGUUUUAACUAACUCUUGCUUUCCUAGUUGUAGGGAAAUGUUGAAGUUUCAAAAAGUGCUCUGUAUAUGUAGGCGAUGUUAGUAUUUAUUAACUUAUUGCACAAUGUUAUGUUUAUAAGAUUGUUAGACAUUUUGAAUGCUUAGAGAAUUAUUUUUUUAGUAUUUAUUGAUCACUGUUCAGUUUUAUUUGUUGAUUUACACUUGUUUAUUUUCAUUAACACAAGACCUUACAUUCUGCAUCAUAUUAUCCUGCACUUUGUCCUUACAUAACCCUUAUCUAGUGGUCAAUGUGUAUGGAAAACUAUGCUUUUAUUGACUGAGGUCAAGUAAAAAUAAAUAUACUUUUAAUGGCUAUCAGUGUCUGUAUAAUAAUGCAAACUUGUGAUGUGGCUUGGCCCACAUGGAGAAAUAUUGCAAUGUUUCGGUUUUUUGCUGCUGCAUUUAAAGGUAGGCCUACCAGUACAAUAUUGUAAAACUGUUGUGUUCAGGAUAUUUAAAUAAUUCAUAUUUAAAUGCAUUAUGAGACUAAAAAAGACACAGUUGUGGAUCUGUUGUCGUCUGUAAAGUCGUGUUAUGUAAAGUUUUUUUACACCAAGAUUCAAUAUUCAAGUUUGCAUAAAUAUUUUGCUGGUGUAUCAGAUAAUACAAAAUAUUAAUUUUUUCAAUGUAAUUUUUUUUUACUAAAAUUUGUGAUAACAAUAUCUUGGGUGAUGACUAUAGAUAGAUAAAAUCAAGGAUGAUAGUAUAUUUCCUAAUUAGCCUAACUAAACUAAAUGCUUAUAUAAAUUUUGUUUCCACAGUUUCUUAAGGAUUAGCAAGAAAUAUCAGUUUUGAUGGUUAUUUGUAUUUUUGUAAAUAAAUGCAU